UGCCGAAAAUGGAAGAAGGCCACGCUCACUCACUGAGGACUGACGAGAAGAGAAAUGGCGGACUCCUGCUCCUGCUCCCUCGCUUCCUCCCGCAUUCAUCCGCCGCCUGAUAAACCCCCUGCCGGGCUCCUCCGCGGCUCCACCGCCACCGCGUCCCGAAACCGCGCACAUCCGACGGUGGUGAGUCCAGUCGGUGAGGAAGGGAAAGAUGGUGCCGCUGCGGCCGGUGAGCCGUCCGAUGGUGCACCCGGACCCGGCUCCGGUGGAGGCGCCCGCUCCCGCUCCGGCUGCUGCUCCGGCUGCGGCUCCCGCUCCGGCUCCCGCUCCGGCUGCGGCUCCGGCUGCGGCUCCGCAGGCCCCGGCGCAGGGACAGGGGGACGCGGGCCCGAACGCCGCGCCGCCUGGGGUGCGGAUGCGCGCUCCGAUCCGGGGCCGUCUCGUGGUCCGCCUCGUGCAGGCGCUCCUCGCCGCCGCCGCGGUCGCCGCCAUGGCCUCCGCCCGCGACUUCGCCUCGCUCACCGCCUUCCGCUACCUCGUAUCAGCAGCAGCCUUGCAAUGCCUGUGGAGCCUGGCACUGACCAUUCUCUACUUCUACGCGCUCCUCGUCGGCCGUUCCUACCGAAACCCACGAGCCAUCGCCAUACUCUGCGUCGGGGACUGGAUCACCGCAGGACUGACCUUCACUGCUGCAUGCGCGUCGGCAGGCAUCACCACUUUCAUCAGCGAUGACGUGGAAGCUUGCUAUGACAACCACUGCCCAAGCUUUAUGUCUGCUACUGCCAUGGCUUUCUUGAGCUGGUUCACAGUUGCGCCGUGCUGUCUCCUGAACCUCUUCUCGGUAGUCCACAAAUUACAGAGGCUGUAGCCUACAGAACAAAAACAUGGGAUUGUUUGUGCACCAGAUCCUCUUCCAUGGCCAACUGGGGCACUGCGUGGCGCGGCUAAUUACAGUAGGACCGAUAAGCAACUGAUGGUGCAAAUACCUUCUUAUAUAGUAUAUUAUUAGUGUUGGCUGGUGGUUGUGACCUGUGGAUGAACUAAUGGGCUGCUUGUAUAGAGCUCAAGGUGGCUGAUAUGCCACUCUGUUCUCUUUUUUAUAUCCAGAUCUUAGAUCCUGAGAUUUCUUGUGUAUUGCAGUUGUCACUUAUGAAUGUCGGAUUAUCAGGCACUCGGUUUAUUCUUCUAGAUAAUAUAAAAAUGCAAAUAGAUGCUGAUUUCUGUC